CCAGGACUGCGUAUACUGCCUAUAAAUAAUACUACGGAUUAGGCUUGUUUUGUUAUCAACAUCUUGAGGCCAGUAUUUUUCACAGAGCUGUGUUUAUAGGCUUUAUAAAUCAGCUAGGAGUAAGGAAACCAGACUGUCAAGGUUACUUACAAUGGAAGGAGUGAGUGUCGACGACAAGCACAAGAUAGUGGUGGCGGUGGACGAGAGUGAGGAGAGCAUGCAUGCACUUUCAUGGUGUCUAAGCAACCUUAUUUCUCACAAUUCCACCACCACGCUCGUCCUCCUCUAUGUUAAACCCCGUCCAAUUAUCUACUCUUCCUUUGACAUCGCAGAUCACAUAUUUUCGGCUGAUGUGAUUGUUGCCAUGGAAAAAUAUGGGACCGACUUGGUGAACUCAGUGAUGAAACGAGCAGAAGCCGUCUUCAGGAACUUCAACAGAAAUGUAAACGUGGAAAAAGUAAUUGGGAGUGGAGAGGCACAGGAUGUGAUCUGUGAUACAGUUGAGAAACUUAGACCUGACACUUUGGUCAUGGGAAGCCAUGGCUACGGUUUCUUGAAGAGGGCUAUCCUCGGAAGUGUGAGUGAACAUUGUGCCAAGCGUGUCAAGUGUCCAGUCGUGAUCGUCAAGCACCCUCAUGACAAGACUACUCUCCCAUCCAACUCUUCCCUGAAGCAUGAUGACGAAUUCUAACUUUCUUCCAACAAAGCUAGAAUAUUGUGUAUAUUACCACCAAAGAAGGGGAAGAUGGCUCACAGAAACGAUAAAUCUACAUUAGGAUCGACUUAGGGUUUGCUUGCAUCAUUUUAUGUACUUAAAAUGUGUUAAUAAUAAUAAAAAAAGUUUUGUUUGCUGCGCCUUAUCACAA